AUGAUGGCGGGAGAGCGCCAAAAUUACAAAUCAAAAUCCAGUACGACGGCGACCGCGCAAGCCGACGCGACGCGCAACACGCGCAACAAUGACGGCCAGCUCCGCACAGCCGCUACCUCCGCUGCGACGGCCGCGCCCGUCAACGCGGCGCAAACCAGCGAGCUCUGGGUCCGCGUCGAGAGCCGCAGCCGGCCCGGGCGCUUCUACUGGACGACGACGGACGGCCUGCGGUCGCAGUGGACGCGGCCGGCCGCGCGCAAGAUCGUGCCGCCGACCAACGUCGCCGGCAACCUCGGGAAGCUGCCCGGCGACGCGCUCAACCUGAUCCUGGCGGACUACUGCGACCCGGCGGCGGCCGCGCGCGCCGCGGCGGCCUCGCGCGGCGGCUACACCGCCGCGGCGGCGCCGAAGGCCUGGCUGGCGCGGCUGGGUCUGACGCCGCCCCCGGGCAAGGACCCGCUCGCGCUCUUCGCCAAGCCCUCGCUGCGCCGCGACGCGCCGCGGAUCAUGUGCUGCGACGCCAAGGGCCGCGAGCUCUUCGCGGCGCGGCGCCUCGAGGAGCUCGACGCGCAGGAGCGCCCGGACGAGGCCGCCAGGGCCUGCUUCGAGAAGUUGAGAAGAGACGACUGCACGCGCAAUUUAGUUGCGGACGGCGCGCUGACGGUCGCUGAGCUCGUCGAGUGCGCCCGCAGAUACGCGGACAAGGCGGCGCUCGGCUCGGACCCGAAGUCGCUGUCGCCGCGGUCGGCCGGCCGCCACACGUCCGUCGUGCGCCACGUUCUCUUGGCCGACGACGAGAUCGACGCCCUCCUGGCGAAGCGGAGCCCCGCGAUGGCGCGCCUGCGCCGCCGCGAGGCCCUCUCGGCGCUCGACGCGCUGGGACCGGCGCCGACGCGGCUCUCGCUACUGACGAUCGAGGCGGCGAAGCCCGACGCGCUCGCCUUCGCGGCCUACCACGCGGAGCAGCUGCGCAAGUGCUGCGAGCGCUUCCGCGGCGUCCGCGACCCCCGCGCCUUAGUCCGGGCGACGCUCGACUUGUCGCCGGCGCUCCGCGGCCGCGUCGCCGUCGGCCGCCUGCCGCUCGAGGACGCCUGCCGCUACACGGCGGCGGACCGCGCGCGCGCCGAGCAGGCGCUCCAGCGCAAGCGCACGGCCAUGCGCCUCGAGGACUUCUCGCGGAAGCGCUUCCGGCCCGCGGCCGUGGCUUCGCGCCCGGUGCCGGUCUUGGGCGCGUUCUAG